AUGUUCAAGGGGAAAACCUUCAAAUGGUUGACGGAAAACUGUCUUGGCUACUCUGCUUGGCUUGUCGACAACACGAGAGCUGAAACGACAACAACAGCCCCUUUAUCGCGGAAUAAACAUGCCUUUAAACGUUAUCUGACAAGUUUUCCAGAUGUACAAAGUGUUGCGGCUUUGAAGGCACAGGAAAGAGUAAAGAAAGCCUCAGCAACAUCAAGCAAGAGUAAGCAUUUCAAGUUUCAUAUUAUUAGCAAUAAAUUUUUGGGUGCUAUAAGAGCCUGUUUAUAUUAUGAACUAUAUAAAAAUUAACUAAACCUGGACUUGCAUAAUAUACCAGUGGUAAAUAAUAUUAAAUAUUUGUUAUAUAAAUUUAGAAAGCAGUACUACGCCAUUGUUAACACACCAGAGCCCAGGGGCUGUUGCGGCAAAGAUGAAAAGGCGAUAAAUUUUGUAAUGGCCACGGGUAUAUUUUUAAGAUAAUACAGAAAAACCGGAUUUAUUCAAUGAGGAUGAAAGUGAUGAUGGGCUGGAUGAAGGGCUUGGAGAAGAAGAAUUUAAUCUCACCAUACCUGGAAUGAUUGUUCUAGGAAGCAGUGGUAACGGAAUAUUAAGACUACAGUAUAGAUUACAUAGAUCAAAUUAGAGUAUGAUUUCUUAUUCCAGUAAUUAAUCUGAUGAUUUUUCCAGAAACAUCUCAUGAGCAGCCAUCAACAAGUGCCACUGAGGACGACAUUCCAUCUACCCUUGACCAAUUCAUGGAUGAUGAAACACCAAUGGAUGAUGAGCCACCAAUGGAUGAUGAACCACCAAUGGAUGAUGAUGAUCAUGAAAAGUCUGAUGAAGCCGUAAGUAAAGUUAAAGUUACAUAAGGAAUUAAAAUUGUGACAGCUACAAUCUAAAGAAAUAGCUAUUCAAUACAUUAACAUUUUAGGAUGAUGCCAUUGGUCCUGGUGGUCUUCAAGGUUGGGAUGCCAUUAAGAACUUGGCUUCCUAUUUGUUUUCUCUGAAGACCAAAUCCUUUUUAACCGAAGCUGAAGCCAACAGCAUCAUCAGCUUGUGGAAUAAACUCCAGGAUGGUUUCAAACAAUCGAAAGUAUCCUAUCCACAACGGUACCGAGACAAUUCUUCCAAUACUGGUAGAUUCAAACAAGCAAAGCCAACAUCCCCACACAAGCAGACAGUUAGACCUGGCCUUGUUAGCCUUAGAAGGUAAAAUAUGCAACCAAUAAAUAAUGUAAAUAUUUAAAUGUUCUAUCAAGUCAAUAAUGUAAACAAACAAUUUGUUUACAUUUCGAACUGCUAUAUUAAUUGCAGUGAAUGAUAUUCUAACUGGAUAUCUAACACUGUUUUGUUAGUUUCAAUUAAGCGAAAUUUGGGCGAUAUUUAUAUAUGUGGUCCCCAUUUGUUAUGAGCAGAACUGAUAUGAUAUGUGUAACUGUACAUAUACAGUAGUUAAUGUGAAUCCAUAAUAAUCGCAUUCUAGAGCCAUGGUUGGAGGAAACUCGGGGCCCGCAACAGCCAUAGAUGCCAUUUCUGUGGUGGAGGAACUGAUUGUCCUCCUUGAAAGGGACUAUAUGUCAUAAACAAUAAUAAUAAAAGCAUUUAUUUAAACACGAUAGUAAAUUUACAGCAUAGCUGAUGUGGUCGUCAGAGAGAAAGGAUGGGAGGACGAUCGAGGAUACUGACCAGCUACCAUAAUAUCAGGGAACUGGUCACCGUUCAUGAUCUUGUGAUGAAGAAGACAAAUAUGAAGCUGUACGAGCUGAAUCAAACCACCUUGAUCAAUUGGUAUGAUAAUUUAACUAACAUCAGCACCAUCAUGUUUCGCUCGCUACUCUGGUUUAAAUAAAUUAUUACAAAGCCAUUGUAAUCAAGACCCAAUGUUUCGACACUCCAGUCUAGUAUCUUCAUCAGGGGUGAUCUAAAGUUGCAAUUGUGGCUUCUUAAAUGCCCAAGGGACGAUGUCACCAGCCAAUGAAAUGCGUGUAUUCCUCUGGCAAAUAAUUUGUAAUCAUUUAUUUAAACCAGAGUAGCGAGCGAAACAUGAUUGAUAUACCUGGUUGCAGUGAACGGAACAAACUUUAAAUCAGCAAUAUGUUUAACAUAUAUGAUACAUUUUUCAUACAAUCAAGAUUUAAUAAUUGGUUUAUUAUAAAUUAAGGUGGAAUAAACGUCAAAAAGGGAUAGAAAGGAAAAUUUUAAGACAGGCCCUCCCAGAGCCGCCACCGACAACAGCAUCAAAGCCUCUUCCACCAGCUAAACCACUGCAGCCCAAGCCUCUUCCCACUCCACCAACUGCCCACCCUUUUGUCACCAUCGCAGCCUUACCAUCCAACAUACCUACCAGACCACAACUGCCUUCCACUUCAAGCAUCUCAAUCACUCAAAUUUACAACCAUACAUGUUCCCCGAACCACAGAGUACCACCAUCGAAAGAGGCAGCUGUAGCAGGAGGAAUCCUCAGAUGCAAAAGAAAAUAUACAAGAAAGGCUUGCUUCAACACAUGCAAGCAUUGUAGGUUCCCCCAAACGAAAGAUUUUGGAGACAGCAAGCAUAUCGGCAUCCACAGUGUGGAUACCUUUUGUGCUGCUGUGGAAGGAAACGAAUUUGGGACAAAAGAAGCGUGGAUGGCGACCAGGAAAAUGGUGAACCCACCCAAACCAAAACCCACGGAUUCUUCUGACCAAAAGUAA